AUGAUGACAGGCACCAUAGACGCCUACACCCAAUUCCAGCUCAAGCCCUGGGACGUCGCCGCGGGCAUCUGCAUACUGGAGGAGGCCGGCGGCCGCGUCAGCACCGCAGACGGCCUCGCCUACUCUGUUUUCGACCGCUCCCUUCUGGCGGCCAACGACGCGCUGUACCCCGCCGUGCUCGAGAAGCUGGAGCCGCGGAUGUCGGCGCUGCUGGCAGCAGGGGCGCAACUCGGGCCUGCGAACGUGCCGCCUGGGUAUGGGGUCAAAGCGGGCGCCCAGCUGGAGUGA